GCGUUUUGUUAUUUAUUUUCUCGUACUUUGUUCCUAUUAUUUUUGUAACCCUUGUUUGUAAACUAAUUGCCUCCAUGGGGGGCGGAGGAAAGGAAAUCAAAGCUGCCGCAGCCGAAGGCUGUGCGAGCACGCUGGGGAAGAGCCGAGGAGCCGCAGGACAGGAUGGCAACGGGAAGCCCGGCGGCAGCGGGAAGCCCGGCCUCGGGAAGCCCGGCCUCGGGAAGCCCGGCUGCGGCGGGGAGCGCUGCCCGCGGCGGGCCGGGCCCGUGGGCUCCGCGCUGGCCGCGCUCCUCUCGGCGCUGGCCGCCGCCUCCUGCGUCUACCUGGGGGUGCGGACCAGCGACCUCCAGGCCAGGGUCGCGGCCAUCGAGGGCGCCCGAGGGGGUUUCUCUGCCGCCGCCCCGCUCCCGCCGCUKCCCGGCUUUUCCUUGGAGCAGCUCAACGCGAUGAUGCAGGAGAAAGUGGAGCGACUUCUCGCCCAGAAAUCUUACGAGCACUUGGCAAAAAUACGAGUAGCGAGAGAAGCGGCUCCAGAGUGCAACUGCCCACCAGGUCCUCCAGGGAAAAGAGGUAAGCGGGGAAGAAGAGGAGAGACUGGACCUCCUGGUCAGCCUGGUCCUCAAGGCCCUCCUGGUCCAAAAGGCGAGAAGGGAGAUCAAGGUGAUCAGGGCCCUCGGAUGGUGUUUCCUAAAAUCAAUCAUGGGUUUCUCUCUGCUGAUCAGCAGCUCAUUAAACGCCGCCUCAUUAAGGGGGACCAAGGACAAGCUGGGCCCCCUGGACCUCCAGGGCCACCAGGACCCAGAGGUCCCCCGGGAGAUACCGGCAAAGAUGGYCCUCGUGGGAUGCCUGGCUUAACGGGUGAGCCAGGAAAACCAGGAGAACAAGGAUUGACAGGACCUCAGGGGCCUCCAGGACAAAAGGGUUCUGUCGGGGUGCCUGGUGUUCCAGGGAGAGAUGGACAAGUGGGUGAACCUGGUUUGCCUGGCWUAGCAGGAGAGAAGGGAGAAGCAGGGCUUAAGGGUGACCCUGGAGAAAGAGGAGAAAAGGGGGAAGCUGGCAUGAAUGGACUGAAGGGUGACACAGGAGAAAAGGGUGACCCUGGCUCUUCUGCAGCUGGAAUUAAGGGUGAACCCGGUGAGUCUGGACGGCCUGGACAAAAGGGUGAACCAGGUCUUCCUGGGCUUCCUGGACUCCCUGGAAUAAAGGGUGAACCAGGUUUCAUCGGUCCACAAGGAGAACCUGGSUUGCCAGGGCUACCAGGAACAAAGGGUGACAGAGGAGAGGCAGGCCCUGUUGGGAAGGGUGAGCGAGGUGAACCUGGAAUCCCUGGACCAAAGGGGAAAACAGGUGAACCUGGAUCUAGAGGCCCCAAAGGGUCAAAGGGUGACACAGGUGAAAGAGGUGACACAGGAUCUGCAGGUCCACGGGGCCCACCUGGACAGAAGGGUGAUCAAGGUGCAACAGAGAUAAUUGAUUAUAAUGGCAAUAUCCAUGAAGCUCUGCAGAGGAUUGCCACCCUGACUGUCACGGGACCACCAGGACCACCAGGACCCCAAGGGCUGCAAGGGUCAAAGGGUGAACCAGGAUCCCCAGGAAUUCCAGGAGCUGAUGGAGAGCAGGGUCCUAAGGGCUCAAAAGGAGACACAGGUGAUCCUGGAAUGCCUGGAGAAAAGGGAGGAAUUGGGCUGCCUGGCCUACCAGGAGCCAAUGGCAUGAAAGGCGAGAAAGGUGACGUUGGUUUGCCUGGUGCCCAGGGUCCUUCAAUGAUAGGACCACCUGGACCACCAGGGCCACAUGGUCCUCCAGGCCCUAUGGGACCUCAUGGACUGCCUGGCCCAAAGGGUAUAGAUGGCCCAGUUGGUCCCCAUGGCCCUGCAGGUCCCAAAGGAGAGAGAGGUGAGAAGGGAACUGUAGGUGACCCUGGACCCAGAGGACCGUACGGCUUGCCUGGCAAAGACGGCGAGCCUGGCCUUGAUGGUUUCCCUGGUCCCCGAGGAGAAAAGGGUGAUAUAGGAGAAAAGGGAGAAAAGGGAUUCCGUGGAAUUAAGGGGGAAAAAGGGGAGCCAGGCCAGCCUGGCCUGGAUGGGCUGGAUGCCCCUUGCCAAUUGGUACAGUAUUUCUCUUUCCUACCAACCCUGCAUGCAGUUCCUUUGUUUGUAGUCAGCCAUUUUCAAUGUAAAGCAAUGUUUUCCUGAGCUGACUUUACAUUCUUCACGUAACACGUGCAUGUGCAUGAACAAACCAGCUGCUUCAAGUGACCAUAACCUCAAUGACAGAACACACUUUUUUGUKCACACCUUAAGCCUAACUCUCAGCAAUUUGCUCCCACAUCACAUGGUAAUUGAUAAGUUUGUUUCCUUCCUACAUUUUCCCUGAGAAUCGUUGGUUUGUUACUUUCCUUGCAAAACACCCGUUGCCUUACUCACCCUGAACUGCAAGUUGUAGAAACCCUAAUCAAGUCCAAUGACUUCUGUCUGCACUGGCUCAGUUCCACACCCUGGCCUGUCCCAUAGCUSCUCUGCACCCUGGAUUUCCUUCCAAAUCCAUGCCACCUCAUGGGCAUGUUUUCACAAUUUGGCCAAAAUGAGAGCCAUCCAUAGAAGGAUGUAAAUACUGUUUCUAAAAAUCAAAGUUUCCAGUAAGCCAACCUGGAGCUUGGCUUCCAGACCAUGCACAAGUAAUAUUUGUGGUGUGUGGCCUGUUCAUCAGAGCAUUCAAAUACAUCUGGAAAUGAAAAGCCUACCUGAGGUUUGUAAGAAGAUAACGGUCUGCAGCCCAAACCCUCACUGUCUUUGUUAUUUAAUGUCCUCAAUUUAAUGGUCUUACCCUUGGAACUUACCUUCCUGAAUACACACAACACUCCCCAUCCUAUGCUAGCAUGAAUUCAAGUUCCCACCUAUACUAAAAUGCUACUUCUUGACCCUCUCCCUUGUACCAAUCUGGCAACAGUGAUUAGCGGUAAAGUGAGUUGGAACUCUUUUCCAUUUAAGAAAGAGAACCCCAAUGAAUAAUACAUGCACAUUUCCUCAAGAGACAAGGAGAAUUUUCUUUUUAAUU